AUGAGAAAAAUGGGGCUGAAAGAGAAAUACCUAUGUUUGUUGCUGCUUGUUGUCCCACUGUGCUGCAUUGUGGACGGCAAGAAAAAUACGAGGAAUCGGAACAUUGAUGCAGUGAAGACCAAACGACUAUUUGCAAGACAAAAGACCUCAAUGCCAAUGGAGAGUCCCAGUCCUAAAUGCAAGUCAGUGAUCAUAGCGCCAGUUCGUCGCUGCGGCCUCCCGAGAGAGAGCUGCUCCUCCUCCUGUGAGCCGUGCUGCGGCCCCUGCUCCUUCUGCCGUUGUCGAUUCUUCAAUGCCAUCUGCCACUGCUGGAAGAUGAAGCCUCCGUGCUUGAUGAGGAGGAAGAUUCCAUGCAAGCACGGGCGUUAA